GCCUUCCGCAGCUGCCAACUACCAUCACGUGUUCAUAAAUCCCUCAUCCUGAAGAUCAAGUUCCUCCCUGCAACUCCCAUGUCUUCUAUCAUCAUCAUUAUCAUUAGUCUUUUUUAUAAUUAGCUGAUAUAAGAGAAAUGAUCAUGAUAACGGAGCAAACACGUCGUCGUCGAGCACGACGAUGAGGAGGCGCUGUAGGAGGUGGUCAAGGUCAAGGUCCACGUCCACGUCCACCCACUGUAAUUGAGUUGUCAACCACGUUGAUUAAUCCAAGGGCGGCUUUAACAUCCAUCCACGUGUCUAAUAAUUCGCUGUUAAAAUUCUUAAUAUGAUACAACCACCUCCUUCACGAUCCCUGGUGUUCCGUUAUCCUUCAAUUUUUCUCUUCUACGUUCUCGCCGCCUGCGAUUUUGGCAGUUGGCUUCGUUGGAGAAACCAACGACCAGUCUCUGUAUUCUAAAGGCGGCUCAUUGCCUUCAAUACGUUGUCGUUUCUCCGGUGACAGCCAAGGCCAACUUCCUCUCUUACAAAUUUAUCCAGCGGCUGAUUAAUCUGUUUUCUUUUAUUCUGUACUGCAUAUUUAUAUAAUAUUUCAUUGUUUUGAUCCUUAGCAUCAUAUGAUGGCGGAACAGACUCCGGCUACUGGAAUGUAUCUUUAUGGCGACCUUGACUUGAAGAUCAUUGAAGCUCGGCGGUUGCCCAACAUGGAUUUGUUGUCGGAGCGUAUUCGCCGGUGUUUUAGUCCCUUUGACAAUUGCCGGAAGCCUUUCGUUAGAGAUAACAAGCCCCCACACCAGCAUAGAAUUAUUACCAGUGACCCUUACGUUACGGUUUGCCUUGCGGGAGCCACGGUGGCUCGUACGCGCGUCAUUUCCAACUCUCAAAAUCCUUUCUGGAACGAGCAUUUCAACAUUCCUGUCGCUCACCCGACCAGCCACGUGGACUUUUACGUCAAAGACAACGACGUAUUUGGCGCCGAUUUGAUUGGUGUUGCAACCGUUCCGGUUGAGAAGAUCAUUUCGGGUGAAAAAAUCAGUGAUUGGUUUCCGAUAAUCGGUCCUUACGGGAAACCGCCGAAGCCAGAUUGUGCAGUUCGUAUUGAAAUAAAAUUCAUGCAAUGCAAAGAGAAUCCGUUGUACAAAUACGGCAUCGCCGCGAGUCCGAAUGAUUUCGGCGUUCGAAACUGCUAUUUCCCGGUCCGGCACGGCAGCUCCAUUACCCUUUAUCAAGACGCGCAUGUCCCGGACAAUUUUUUGCCGGACAUUGAAUUGGAGAACGGUGACGUAUUUAAGCACGAGAAAUGCUGGGAGGAUAUUUGUCACGCGAUACUAGAGGCGCAUCAUUUGGUGUAUAUUGUUGGUUGGUCGAUUUAUCAUAAGGUGAAAUUAGUGAGGGAGCCCACAAAGCCGUUGCCUAGCGGUGGGAAUUUGAUUCUGGGGGAUUUGCUGAAGUACAAAUCGCAAGAAGGUGUUAGAGUUCUGUUGCUGGUUUGGGACGAUAAGACUUCUCAUAGCAAAUUUUUCAUUAAUACGACAGGAGUGAUGCAAACGCAUGAUGAAGAAACUCGCAAGUUUUUCAAGCAUUCUUCUGUUAAUUGCGUGUUAUCGCCCCGUUAUGCCAGCAGUAAGCUUAGCAUUUUCAAACAACAGGUUGUUGGGACCCUUUUUACACAUCAUCAGAAAUGUGUGAUUGUGGAUACACAAGCAUCUGGAAAUAAUCGGAAGAUAAGUGCUUUUAUAGGAGGUCUUGAUCUUUGUGAUGGCCGCUAUGAUACACCUGAACAUCGGUUGUUUCGGGAUCUUGACACUGUAUUUCAGGAUGAUUAUCACAAUCCAACAUUUUCAUCAGGAACCAAGGGUCCUCGGCAACCGUGGCAUGAUUGGCAUUGCAAAAUUGAAGGACCUGCUGCAUAUGAUAUUCUUACAAACUUUGAGCAGCGUUGGAGAAAAGCCUCAAAAUGGUCAGAAUUUGGACGGCGUUUUAAAAGGGUAACUCAUUGGCAUGAUGAUGCUUUAAUAAAGUUGGAACGAAUCUCAUGGAUACUUAGUCCUGGCCCAUCAAUUCCUGAUGAUGAUCCUAAAUUAUGGGUGUCCAAUGAAGAUGAUCCUGAAAACUGGCAUGUUCAGGUUUUCCGGUCUAUAGAUUCAGGAUCUCUGAAAGGGUUUCCCAAAGACGUUUAUCAAGCUGAGGCUCAGAACCUUGUAUGUGCUAAGAAUCUGGUGAUUGAUAAGAGCAUUCAAACAGCAUACAUUCAGGCAAUCAGAUCUGCCCAACACUUCAUAUAUAUUGAGAAUCAGUAUUUCAUUGGAUCAUCUUAUGCAUGGCCAUCUUACAAAGAAGCAGGGGCUGAUAAUCUAAUUCCUAUGGAGUUGGCAUUGAAGAUUGCUAGUAAAAUCAGAGCAAAGGAGAGGUUUGCUGUCUAUGUCGUCGUACCAAUGUGGCCUGAGGGUGUUCCCACUUCUGUCUCUGUGCAAGAAAUUCUCUUUUGGCAGGGACAGACAAUGCAAGUGAUGUAUGAAGUCAUAGCAAAAGAAUUGAAAGCCAUGAAUCUUGAGAAUGUACAUCCACAAGAAUACCUGAAUUUUUAUUGUCUCGGUAAUAGGGAAGAACCAUCCAAAGAAUUGUUGGAUUUAAGUGAUAAGGCUCGCAAUUCUGGAGAAGUGGUUUUAACCUGUCAAGAGCAUCGACGUUUUAUGAUUUAUGUACAUGCCAAGGGAAUGAUAGUAGAUGAUGAGUAUGUUAUAUUGGGCUCUGCUAAUAUUAAUCAACGGUCUAUGGCUGGUUCAAGAGAUACUGAGAUAGCAAUGGGAGCAUACCAGCCGAGUCACACUUGGGGAAAUAAGAGGAGACAUCCACGAGGCCAGGUAUAUGGAUACAGAAUGUCACUCUGGGCAGAGCACUUGGGAUUGGUUGAUAGAUUGUUUGAAGAGCCUGAAACUUUGGAUUGUGUGAAUACUGUGAACAAAAUUGCUGAAGAUAACUGGAGGAGGUUCACAGAGAAGGAAUUUUCGCCAUUGCAGGGGCACCUCCUUAAAUACCCUCUGAAGGUAGAUGUCAAUGGCAAAGUAAGCCCCUUGCCUGGACAAGAGAAUUUCCCAGAUGUUGGUGGAAAGGUGCUUGGAGCUCGUUCUACCCUUCCUGAUGCAUUAACUACAUAGCAAGUCCAUGCUUCUGUUUCUAAUUCACACGGUAUCUCACUUUGACUGUUGAGAGGCAGGCUAUAGUUUGUACUGAUAUGAAGCUCAGUUACUCUAGGAGCCUUACGAGAGUCUUAAAUGCCAAUCUAGUGUAUAGAACAAAAUACCAUCGUACCAUUUCUCAAAUAUACAGUGAUUGGAAUAGAAAAGUUUGUAAUUGAUAAA